AAAGAGCCUGCGACAAGCAGAGCGGCUUCUCCUUCUCUUAUUGAGGCCUCUUCAUCACCAACCAUCAUCGCCAUUGCCAAUCCACCAGUAUGAAGAAGCUACUCUGUGUAGUACUAGUCUCGAGCCUUCUUCUCGCCACUCUUUCAGGCGCUUCUUCAUCAUCUCUCACUUCCUCCCUCGGGAGAGAUCAAGCACAAGUUCUAGGCCGCAAAGGCGCAGUCCAUUACGAGCAUCUGAGCAGGAAGAUGCAGCAGCCCGAGGAAUUGGCCGUGGAAGUGAAGAAACCAACGGAGACGAAGGCCGGCUGGACGGUGGACAAGGGUGCGGACGCCGAGGAAGGGCUGAUCUACAGCGCGGACUACAGCGCGGUGGCCAUGCACGCUGGGUCCCCGCCCAAGCCCAAGCACAGGCACCCCAAACCAUAGGGAAUCUGUUCGUCUCCGUGUACAACCUUUAUCCCUAUGUACUGUAGUUAAUCAUGUUCUUAAUUUCGCGUGUCCUGCUUAUCGCGGGACCAUAUCCCUGCUGUAUAGAAUCCGUUGCUUCCGUUGCUGCGAAUGGGGUUCUUUGCAUCUCGCUGGUAGGUUCUGAUCAAA